AUGCAAUGCUCUCAGCACAAUCGGAAAUGCGACUGGCCUGAGCAGCUCAAGCGGUUGGUACUGGCCGAUUCCUUGACUUGUUACCUUGAGAUCUCAUUCAAAUUUAGUGGACCUGCAAAGGGGUACAUCGAAGUGCUAGAGAACAGACUACACGAGACAGAGAAUGCGUUGUUGAUGGUAUUGUCUCGGAUCUCAGACGAACAGUUCCUGGGCGAUUCUACGCCAGAUCAGUCAGGUUACUCGCUCCCUCGACAGGAAAGGAAGGGAACAGAGUAUUGGAAGGAAUUUCCUUUGGACACAGCACAUAACAUCCGAAAAUGGCAAUAUGAUAACCAGGAAAAUGGUCCCUUUGAAUCAAGCAACGAGGAGCAGGACUCGAGGCAGAGCUCGACGCAAAGGACGGUUGAUGCCCAUCCCAUGGUCGGCCCACCAGACACGAAUAUUUUGGGAACAAACCAUGGCGCAAAUAUCCGAAGAGAUACGUCUGAGAUGGAGUCCGAUUCAGAUAUAAAUCGAAAAGCCGCUCUUAUAGAUGCACACAACACUCCCCGACCGGUCUGGAAUAUGCCUCCGACCUUCCCAGCUCAGAGAGUCAGCGGAGAAUCAAGUCGGCCUACAACACCUAUUAGCCAUCAAAAGGCGCCCUUCUCGGGCUUUAAUGAGCAGGCUACGGCUUUAAAUAUACCGCAGGAGCCGAGUCAAUGGACUGAAGCGCCAUCUGUAAAGUUCCAGGAGCAAUUCCUCUGGUAA